AUGGGGCUCGGUGUGCGCGAGGCCGCCGUCCUCGUCGAGGCGGCGGUCCGUGCGGCCGUGGCGGCCGCUGCGCUGGGCGCGGUGCCUGGCGAUGCUGGUGGCGCUGCGGCGAUCGCGGCCGCGGAGCCAGCUUGUGCGGCCGCUGCGGCGGCGCCGACGGCUGGCGGAGCGACCCCCUCGGCGGAUGUUGCUGCUGCUGGUGGUGCGGCGGCGGCGGGUGGUGACGCGGCGCCCGAGGGGUCGGCCUUGGCGCUGCUGGUGGCACCACCCGCGGCUGCCGCUGCCGCCGACAGCGUGGAGCCCGUGCUGGGCGAGUCGGCGGAGCGGGCCGCGCUCAUCUCGGCGUGGGUCCGCACGCCUGGGGCGCGCGUGGCUGACUUUCAGCCGCACUACGCCGCCUGGCCGCUCCACCGACUCCGAGCCUGGCUCGUGGAGGCGGUGGACGCGGCCCCCGGCACCGGCGCGGGCGCGACCACCACGUCCGCUGUCGGCCCGACCGCCGCGAUCCCCACAACGACCGCCGCGCCCGCCAGCGCGACCGCCCCGUCCGCCAUCGCCCCCAAGGUCUUCGCGUCGCCGUUCGUGCGCUGCUUCGAGACCGCCGCCGAGGUUGCCCGCGCGGUGGGCGUGUCCUCCGUGUGCGUGGAGCCCGCUCUCUCCGAGAGUUUCUGCGAGCGCUUCUAUGCCAGAGGCCAGCUGCGAGGGCGGCGGCGGGGGAGCUGCUGCCCCCGCAGCGGCUGCAGCAGGCCAGUCCGGCCGCGUGCGCCGACGCCGACUACAGGCCCCUCGUGCCGCUACACCAGCUGCUGUACAGGUGGGGGCGCUUCGAGAGCGACAGGGAGCUGGUGGUACGCAUGCGGGCGUUCUUCGAUUCUGUCGCGGACUCGUACUCUGGAGAGACCGUCAUGCUCGUCUCCCACGGAGGCCCGAUCUGUGCGCUGUUCGAGAGCGUCGCGGCGAUGCCCGCGGGCACCUGCGGCUACUGCAGCCUCUACGUCGUUGACAGGCCCGCGGAUGGCUCGGCGGGGUGGUCUGCGCCCGUGGUGGCCGACAUGGAGCACAUGCGCCCGUGGGCCCGCGCAACGGUCGGGUACCGGCCGCUGCCCGCGGCGCGCCCGGCGCUGCGGCUGCCCCCGCGCGGCGCGGGCGUCCUCGCAGGAGCGAGCGCGGCC